AGAGAGAGAGGGAGCGGAUGUGUGUUAGUGAGAGCUGGGAGAAGGAUGGCUGCUCAUGUUUGAACUGCCUCACAUGCUCAUAGGGAGAGUCAAGGCAAAAAAAAAGAAAAGAAUCCGCGCAGGCAGUGAAACAGACGUCUCGCUGGGGGGACGCAGCUUGUUCAUCAUUUGUGUAGAAGCAGAGAAGAUUCGGCAAUGCCCGCUGAAGUCAAAGAGAGAACUGUAGCGCUCCACGGCUUUGGCGUUCUCCCCCUGUCAUGAUGAAUGAAGAGGCGCGAGCCGCUUCACCUCCGCGCCGCUCUCUAGUAUUCGGUGCAGUCUCCUUGCGUGCACGGGGGACGCGACGCCAACAGCCUCGCCGGGGCGUGCGCACACGCGUAUGCAUGUCGAGGCGAGGCGAGGCGAGGCGAGGCGCGCGCGCGUGCAUGCGGGUGAAACGCACACGCGGGCCGCAUGAGGGAGAUGCUCUUUGAUUUGCAUCAUGAGGGGAGGUCGUCCCCGCAGGAGGAAAAUGCUGCACACGCUCUGGCGAGUGCGCCGGAGCAGGUGUCCGAGGGGCCCCCGCCGCUGCCGCUGCCCCAUGAGGCCAAGGAGGCGACUCCGGAUCAGCCGUCCGCCAGCGACGAGCUCGACACCCCCACCUCCAUCGCGUCCGUCGUGACCUCCACCAACGAGAGCUCCACCGAGACCGACACCCCGCAGCAGACGGACACCGAGGACUCGAAGGCCACGGAACAGGAGAGCGAGCGGGCCCGAACCGAGGCCCGAGCCUCCCCAGACGCGCAGCCGGAGACGUGCCUGGCGCCGGACCCACCGGACCUCGCGUCCGCUCCCGCUGCUCCAGAAAACCCUCCGGACGAGGAGCAACCAGUCGCUGAAGUAAACAGUGAACACACAACGACCGGCAGCAGCACCGCCACAGCGCCGGCGGUCCCGCAGCCCGCGGACCUGCAGCCGGUGAACCCGGACACCCUGAGCAGAGCCUACGCGCUGCCCGACGGCUACAGAGGCAUCGGGGGGGACUUUUGCGCGGGUUAUGGAAGCCUGUCCCGCGCCACCCUCCACAGCUACUGGCCGGCCAAAAGCUUCCAGCCGGGGGCCCAGUACCCCCUCCCCUUCCUCCGGGACAGCUACGCCCCGGCCGGACUCGGCGGCCCGGCGGACGGCCUCGGCGAACGCGGCGAGAACCUUCUGGACGCGAAGGCCGAGCACCCGGGCGCCGGCUACCCGACGCUGGGGGGCGUCCACCAGUUCAGGCCGAUCACCGCCAUGGAGCUCCUCAGAGAGCCCUCCAGAACCAGAGGCGGCUACGACGACGCCUUCAUGGCCCAGUUGGAGGGGAACCUCAAUCCCUUCUUCCAGGCCAUGUGCCGAGCGCAGACCCUGCAGUUCCCGCACAAGCGCAGCAGCAUGGUGAGCCUGGACAGCAUACGACGGGACCCCCGCUGGCGGGACCCCAACCUGCACGAGGUGAUCUCCAUGCUCGGCCACCCCAUGGACCCGGUCAAGUCCAACGCCGCCGCCUACCUGCAGCACCUGUGCUACGAGAACGACCGCAUCAAGCACGAGGUGCGGCAGCUGAACGGCGUGCCGAUCCUGGUGGAGCUGCUGGACCACCCCAAGGCCGAGGUCCACCGCAAGGCCUGCGGGGCGCUGCGCAACAUCUCCUACGGGAAGGACCACAACAACAAGAUAGCCAUCAAGAACUGUGAGGGCAUCCAGGCUUUAGUCAGGCUGCUGAGGAAGACCUGCAGCAUGGAGGUCAAGGAGCUGGUCACAGGAACUCUCUGGAACCUCUCCUCACACGAGCCCCUGAAGAUGGCCGUCAUCAACCACGGGCUCCAGACGCUGACGGACGAGAUCAUCAUCCCGCACUCCGGCUGGAGGCGAGCCGCCGCCGAGCCGUCCAAGCUGCAGGGCGCGGAGUGGACCACGGUCUUCAAGAACACCUCCGGGUGCCUGAGGAACGUGAGCUCGGACGGGGCGGAGGCGCGGCAGAGGCUGAGGGAGUGCCAGGGGCUGGUGGACGCCCUGCUGCACGCGCUUCAGUCAGCGGUGGUCAACAAGGACACUAACAACAAGUCGGUGGAGAAUUGCGUGUGCAUCCUGCGAAACCUCUCCUACCACGUCCACAAAGAGAUCCCGGGCGCCGAGCGCUUCCAGGAGCCCCACGCCGGCCAUCUGAUGAGGUCAGUGGGGCACCCGAAGAAGAAGAGCGAGGCCGACUGCUUCGGGGGGAAAAAGGCGAAAGAGGACUGGUUCACUCAAGGUUGGAAAAAUGGAUUUGUGGACAGAAAAUACGGUACAUUGGAUUUACCAAAACGUACAGAACAAACGCAAGGGCUGGAGCUGCUGUACCAGCCGGAGGUGGUGAGGCUCUACCUCUCGCUCCUCACCUGCAGUCACAAUCACAACACCCUGGAGGCGGCUGCGGGAGCCCUGCAGAACCUCGCUGCCGGACACUGGGCCUGGUCCAAUUACAUCCGGGCCACAGUGAGAAAAGAGAAGGGACUGCCCAUCCUGGUGGAGCUGCUGCGCUCUGAUGCGGACAAAGUGGUGCGAGCUGUGGCCAUCGCCCUCCGCAACCUCGCCAUGGACAGAAGGAACAAAGACCUGAUAGGGAGCUACGCUCUGAGGGAUCUGGUCAGCAAUCUGCCGUGUGGCCAACAGCACCCGGCCAAGAACCUGGAGGGGGACACGGUGGUGUCCGUCCUGAACACCAUCCACGAGAUCAUCACGGAGAGCCCAGAGAACGCCCGGGCGCUCAUCCAGGGCCACGCCGUGCAGAAACUGGUGGCCAUCAGCAAGUCGAGCCAAUCGGCUCGCGAGACCAAGGCGGCUUCUCACGUGCUGCAGACGAUAUGGUCCUACAAGGACCUGAGGAGCGCUCUGCACAAGGCCGGAUGGACCAAGAGCCACUUUAAGCCCACGACUACUGGAGUGACUAAAAAAUCCAAGAGUGUGAAGCAAGGCAGCGAUGACAUCACCUUGCCUCUCAUGGACAAAACCCAAGAUGUAUAUUCCAGUCUAGAACCAAAUGACAGAGUUGGAGAUAUAAAAGGAGCCGUUAUGGAAAGAGAUGCUUUGCAGGCGAUAAGCGAGCGAAAGCACUUCAUCAGAGCUGGCAGGCCUGCAGUGGGCCUCAUGGAUAACAAGCCUCCGCCGCUGGACUCCUGGGUGUAAACACGGCAACGCAGCCGGUCGGAUCCGGUAGCGGCACCUUCCACUGGUAAACCGUGGCUUUGUGUCAGUCCACCCUUCUUGUACAGACGAGAAAAACACAACGCUAAAACUAGUUUCCUUCGACAGAAAUAAUGUGCCAAACAUUUACACAUAUUUAUUACAGAGGUUAUUUGUCAAUAGCUUUGAUGGAUUUGUUUUUUUAGGGUGAUAGCAAACAGUAUGUCAGUAUGUAAACCUAUGACUGAUUAUGUAUGACACCUGAAAUAGCCUAAAUAUGCAAACAGUGAAUUGAGACUCCAAAGAAAAACCCAACUGCUACACUUUAUUUUACCUGCUGAGAGAUUAGAAACGCUUGUAGAGUUUCAUGCUUUUAAGACCGAAAGUGACGUGUGGAUCUCCUGUUGUUCAUUGCGGUUCUGGGCCAAAGAAGAUAUCAAAUUAUUUUAAAUAGUUUUAAAUUUUUCAUCAGAGAUAUUUAGGAUGAGGGCUAACACUGGCCUCGUCGUUAAAAUGAUUUGAUAUUCAGUUUAUCCUUGACAAAACCUGCCAUAAAUUAAACUGUGUGCUCAUUAGCAAAUUGUCGCUCCCUUCGAUUCAUGACAGGAAAAAUGGGACUGUAAAUGUGUAACAAAGGACUGUUAAUAUUCUAAAUGAAGGCAUUUAUAUUGUAAUAUUUAUUGUUAUACCCAUGUUAUUACUUAAAGAUUAUUGGUGUGUGUUAGCUACUACCUGUAAGUGAUCCUACCAGUCCAUGAGCAACUCUGCUUUGCAGUGGUACUUUUGCAUCGCGAUGUUGAAUGAAAAAUAAACAAUGUGCAUAAUUUCUCA